GCUCAGUAAAACUGAGUGAUAUCUGGUUUGCUUUUUUACUUGCGUGCUAUAUAUAUACAUAACGUUUCAAAUUCUGCAUCAGGAUGGCACUCUGCGUUUGAUGACUCAUGGCACUUCUCCCCUCACUUGCAAGGAGGCUGCAACGAACACAUCCGCACCUCCUCCAAGCUCUCUUCAUACCCCGCCCUAUCGCUCGCUCACCUUCUUCUUCAUCUUCUUCUUCUUCACAACGCCCAUUACUCCAUUGCCUCUCUCACACAUUUCAUCGAACAUGUUUCGUACCGUCUACACAGGCGCGCCGGUUCUCAACCCUCCAACCCUUCUUACCUCGAAACCUCCGCUACCCAUUUGACUUCUACUAUUCCAAAUUCCAAACCACCCAUGACCCGCACAACCUGGGUCUUCUCCGAUUCCUCGAAUUGCUCAGAGGAGCCUCCCAGUGUCCCUCGGAGGCAGAGGCCACGGCCUUUCUUGACGACUCAGGCAUCGAAGCAGAUACAGAAAUGGUCUACUCGGCGAUUUGGGAAACGAGGGAAGAGUGGAGACUGGCCUUUUUGGCUUUUAAAUGGGGAGAGAGAUGGAGCUGCAGUGAUGAAAAGGCGUGUAAUUUGAUGAUUUGGGUUUUAGGCAAUCAUAGAAAGUUUAAUACUGCAUGGUGUUUGAUUCGGGACAUGCAUAUGCUCCGGUCUAAAAUGGAUACUCGGCAGGCAAUGCUUAUUAUGAUUGACAGAUAUGCAUAUGCAAAUGAUCCACGCAAAGUUAUUCAGACGUUCCACAUCAUGGAGAAAUUCAGACUGACUCCUGAUCAGGAAGCAUUCCACACUGUCCUGAAUGCUCUCUGUAGAAAUGGAAACAUUGAAGAGGCUGAAGAAUUUAUGUUUGCAAAGAAGAAGUUAUUCCCACUGGAGACCGAGGGCUUUAACAUUAUUCUCAAUGGGUGGUGUAAUAUAUCUCUAGAUGCAUUUGAAGCAAAGAGAGUUUGGAGAGAAAUGUCAAGAUGCUGUAUUACACCAGAUGCAACUUCUUAUGCUCACAUGAUUUCCUGUUUCUCAAAGGUUGGGAAUCUCUUUGACUCACUUCGACUCUAUGAUGAAAUGAAAAAAAGGAGUUGGGUCCCAGGCCUAGCGGUUUACAAUUCUUUAAUAUAUGUGCUAACUCGUGAGAAUUGCUUUAAGGAAGCUCUCAAUAUCCUGGACAAAAUGAAAGGAUUAGGUUUGCAACCGGAUUCUGCAACUUACAACUCAAUGAUACGCCCUCUGUGCGAAGCGAAAAGGUCAGAGGAGGCAAUAAAUAUAUUGACCUCCAUGAUGGAGGAGAAUCUCAGCCCUACCAUGGAGACCUACCAUGCAUUUCUUGAGGGUGCAGGUUUUGAGGGAACAUUUGAGGUUCUUAACCGAAUGAGGAAAGUUGGUUUAGGUCCUAUUGAGGAUACCUUUCUUAUACUUCUUGGAAAGUUCUUCAAACUAGAGCAACCUGAGAAUGCAUUGAAGAUUUUCAUGGAAAUGAAGCAGUAUGAAAUAGUGCCAAGUUCCACGCAUUACUUGGUGUUGGUACAAGGGCUUGCAACAUGUGGCUGGAUGAUCAAGGCCAGGGAAUUCUAUGCUGAGAUGAGAGCAAACGGAUUUUUGGACGACCCAAAGCUUAAGAAACUCUUAAAGGAACCAGUCCAAGGAAGUACACGUAAAGGGAAACGGUGGGUCCAACGGGGCAAGAGAGAUGGGAAGGUGAAUCAUAAGAAAGGCAGUACAAUGAGAUGGGCAAAUCAGAACCACCAACCAAGAAUGAGGAAGAAAUCAAUCGAAAAGUCUAAUUUGGAACUUUAAUUGGAUGUAAAAAGCAUGGCAGGAUAUCUGUGCAAGUUAGCAAGACUAUGAAGAGCUAUAGCUGCUGGUUGUUCAUAUUGAAAGAGUGACUGAAGAAGCUUCUGGUUCUAGAGUUUUGCUUUGGGGAACUUGGCAAUUGGUUCAAUAACAUAAUCCUCUAUGUCUUGGGUUUAUGAUCUGCCUGCAUAUUGGAAUGACUUGCUUCUCUGUUUAAGAACUGAGUUUAUAGCACACAAAGAGAACUCUUUGAAAGUUCCUAAAAAUUUGAGUUACUAUUGAUCAAGAUGCUCAACCCAUAUGGUGAGCCAGUCCUGAAGGUGUCCUGGUUCUCUUAUAGUUGAAAAAAUCUGCAUAUGUCACAGAUUCUGUAAGUCCAUAAUUUUGUGGAACUUGUCAUAUUCCCCUAAUUCUUGACAAGAGAAUGCAUCAUCUAUUUCAUAGCAUUGAGAAUUCAGGUCUUCUGGGUUACUACUUUUUUUUCAAUUUAUUCAAGGAUUUUUCCAAUUUGCCCUCGGAGGAACAUUGGAAUCGCCCUCUCCCCCAAGUGCCUUUUCAAUAUAGCCUAUUUACUGGA